UUUCUAUCCAAAUAAAUUUGUGGCCAUAAUGAAGAAAUCCUUGAUUUUUGUUAUCUGGCCACUCUUCUGCUUGUUCAUACCUUCCGCUGUGGGAUGGAAUAAAAGUGCGUUAAUUUACCAUCAGGAAACCAGAAAUGUUGAAAGUUGGAAACGACACUUUAUGCGUGUCGGUGAAGACGGGAAAUUUGUUGGGCAAUGGCUUUUUGAUCACGCUAUUCUCACCACGUUCAAAAUCAAUGGAAAGGACAUAGCGUACGGUGGCCUGGAUGGACCGGAUCUGGUCAGUCUGUUGGACAAUCUAUCAUCUGAUGUUAGACAGGUGGACAAAGCGAUUGGAGAAUUGCUUGUCACUUUUCCAAGAAAUGGGGGACAACUUUUCCAACUAUCUCUGGCAAUGCCGUAUAUUGAUGGACAAGAUCGCACAGUUUCUGUUGAGGGCCAAUCAUACCACUUAAGGAAUCCUCUCGACCUCAAAAAUCUUGUGGAGUGGUACAUCCGUAAAAUCAACGGGUUAAGACAAAGUGGGGAAUUAAAAAACGUUACUAUCACCGUGAAGAUAUCAUAG